AUGUACUCGUUAAAGCGUGAUUUUAAUGGCUUCCUAUCUUCAGCGGCCGCGUCUGCACUUUCCGCCAUCUUAGAUACGUUAACGUCAGUUAGUGCUCACUGUUGCGACACAGUUGGAAUGCCACUAUUAGUUCAUAAUGGAAAAGUAUGCGGCAUCUGGAAAUACGAAGACUGCCUAUCGACUUCUAAUGCGAACGCCAUUUGAUCACGUAUAUUAUUUAGUGGCAGAUGAUGCAAGCACAAUUCGGCUUCGUGAGUCGAGCAAAAUAGUCCCUGUUAUCGGUGAUGGAUCUGGAUGGUCGUUCGAGAGUGAAGAUGGAACAGCGGGUUUCAGAAUUCGAAAUAUACGCUUCGACUUGUAUUUGGAUACCGAACUGAGACUGGUCAACCCUGAAAGGAGACGUAUAUUUUUAUCAAAAAAGAUGGAAUGUCGCACCAGCCAGAUAUGGGCAUGGGAACCCGGCCGUGACAAGGCCCGACUCGAAAACCAGUCGCUGCCACCAGGUGACGGUGUUCUCGAAGGAGAAAGAAUCAGUGGAGCGCAUCUGAAAAUUGGGAAACCAAUAAAAGGUGUUUAUGUUACAAAAAAGCCGAAAAUCGACAUGAUGAAAUUUUAUCAGAAAUGGACCAAGGACGAAUUUAAGUAUUCUCCAGAUGAUCUUGAGAAGGGCGAUGUGCCUUCUGAGGAUCAUACAUGUAUAUACGAAUCUAUUAUUGUUAACUGAUUUGCUGGUGACAUCAUUAAAAGACAGUGAAGCUAUAAGAGUAGUACGUUCGAAUUUCGACGACCAAAUCAAGAUCAUAUAGUAGCAAAAUUCGUUCGAUAUCGAUAAACCUCCAAAACAAGGUAAAAUCUGGAUUCGCUGAGGAUGAUACUAACUCAAAUUAAAUUUUUGACAGCGGUGAUACUAACCCAAACGGGAAUAAUGCUAACUGUUUGGGAAGAAUACCUUG